UUUCAGUGGAACCUAGUCUGUGACAAAAGUUAUUUGGUUACAUUGGCUUUAGUCGUUUUUGGCAUUGGUGGCUUACUCGGGAAUUAUGUUUUCGGUUAUUUGCAAGAUUUCUGGGGUCGGCGACCUUCAUUCUAUUUAUAUUUAAUACUUGAGAUUACAGCUUGUGCGGCUAGUGCUUUCGCUUGGAACUAUUAUUCAUGGUUGGGAAUGCGUUUUGUAGUUGGUUGGACUGUACCAGCAAUACUAGCAUCGCCAUAUGUAUUAGCAAUUGAAUUGGUUGGACCGGAAAGACGUGUGUUCUGUACAAUUGUAUCGAAUAUAGCUUACUCAUGUGGACUUGUAUUAUUAGCAGGCAUUGUGUAUAUAAUACGCGAUUGGCGAUUCUUAACAUUAGCUGUUUCACUGCCUUUACUAUUGCUAUUCUCAUGCUUUUUUGUUUUACCAGAAUCACCACGUUGGCUUAUAGCCGUCGGUCAGCCCUUGAGAGCAGCCAAAAUUCUCAAAACAAUAGCACGUGUGAAUGGUUAUCAGAUACCCGUAAAUUUCGUCAGCAUCGUACAGCAAAAGCUAUUAACACCAAAAGUGGAAUCAAUUAAUGAACUUGAUAAAUCUUAUGGUAUACUCGAUCUGUUUCGUAGCACUAAUAUGCGUCGUAAAACUCUUAUUAUAACACUUAUUUGGUUUGCUAACACAAGUGUUUAUGUUGGACUAAGUUAUUACGCACCAGCUUUGGGUGGUAAUGAGAUUUGGAAUUUUUUUCUUGCCGGUGCAGUAGAAUUGCCAACAUAUCUUUUACUUUGGCCUGGUCUAAGCUAUAUCGGGCGUCGUUGGAUCCUUUGUGUAUCCAUGUUAUGUGGUGGCAUUGCAUGUGUAGCAACAUUUCUCUAUGCGCAAAAACCUGAGAUUAUGUUACUCUUGUACUGCAUUGGGAAAAUGGGCAUUUCAUCCGCUUUCGUAGUGCUGCCAUUGUUAGCUUCAGAGUUAUAUCCGACUGUCGUACGAGGUCUGGGUAUGAGUUUUAGUUCUGUGAUUGCCAUGAUCGGACCUAUUGUAAUACCAAUUAUAAAUCAUAUGGGACAACAUAUGCUCGUUUUACCAUUAAUUGUCAUGGGCACUUUGUUAAUUAUUGGAGGUUUUGCUAGUUUACUUUUACCGGAAACAAGAGACAAAAAUCUACCGCAGACAAUAGAAGAUGGUGAAAAAAUUCCAUUAAAGUUUUUUUCUUGUUGCUGUGAAUCAACAAAAAAAACUGCAAUAAACAGAAACCAUAGUCCGGCCUCUGAACGUAGUGAGAACUAUGGACAUAGACGUAAGCGCAUUGUGUGUAGUAUUUGUAAAAAUGAAAUUAAAAAUUAUCGUUAAGUUGAAAUUCUGU